GACAGGUCCAACACCCAUUUUUUUGGGACUAUUUCAUGGACGGAUGUUACCUAGUCUGCGAUUCCUCCUGUCAGCUGUGUUAGAUUUCCGAGAGACAAAAGAAUCCCUCAUCCCUGCGCACGUUUAACCUGACAGAAAAUGCAGACAGAUUCCUACGUGAUCCAGAUGAAUGGCUCUCCUGUCCACCCUAAAAUCCUUGAUGUUCAUGUCAAUAUUCAGAGACCUAAUGGCAUCGAGAAGAUGAAAAACCGAAAGCCAAGAUGGGCUGUGAGAGCAUCGGAAAUGUCAAAGAAGACGUUCAAUCCUAUAAGAGCCAUUGUGGACACUAUGAAAGCCAGGCCUAAUCCUGAUAAGCCAAUGAUUGCCUUAUCUAUAGGUGACCCCACAGUAUUUGGAAACCUGCCUACUAAUGAUGAAGUCGCUCGAGCUAUGAAAGAUGCAAUUGACUCUCAAAAGUAUAAUGGCUAUGCUCCAAGUAUAGGAUACCAGUGUAGCCGGGAAGUGAUUGCCAAGUACUACACUUGCCCUGAAGCCCCUUUAGAAGCCAAAGAUGUCAUCCUCACAAGUGGCUGCAGCCAGGCUAUCGAGUUGGCUCUUGCAGUUUUGGCCAAUCCUGGACAGAACAUAUUGGUGCCAUGUCCCGGAUUCUCUCUCUACAAAACCUUGGCUUUGUCCCUGGGGAUAGAAGUGAAACUGUACAAUUUGAUACCUGAGAAGUCCUGGGAGAUUGAUUUGAAACAGAUGGAAUCUCUGGUGGAUGAAAAAACAGCCUGUAUCAUCAUCAACAACCCAUCCAACCCCUGCGGCUCGGUGUUCAGCAAGAAACAUUUGCAAAAAAUCCUUGCCGUGGCCUCCAGGAAAUGUGUACCCAUCUUGGCCGAUGAAAUAUAUGGCGACAUGGUUUUUGAGUAUGGGGCAUUCCAGGGAUUAGCGCCACUGAGUACUAAUGUACCAGUCCUGUCCUGUGGUGGUCUCGCUAAACGCUGGUUGGUGCCAGGAUGGAGAAUGGGGUGGAUCCUUAUCCACGAUCGGAAAGACAUUUUUGGCAAGGAGAUCCGAGAAGGACUUGUGAGACUCAGUCAAAGGAUCCUCGGCCCAUGUACCAUUGUCCAGGGAGCUCUCGAUCACAUAAUAAAAAGGACACCUCAGCAUUUUUAUGAAAACACUAUAAACUUCAUUAAGUCUAACGCUGACCUAUGCUACAGUACCCUCUCCUCGGUCCCUGGACUUUGCCCUAUUCGACCAGCAGGAGCCAUGUACUUGAUGGUCGGCAUUGAUAUGGAACAUUUUCCCGAAUUUGAGAGCGAUGUGGAUUUUACGGAACGAAUGAUCUCCGAGCAGUCAGUCUUCUGCCUCCCUGCUACAUGUUUCGAAUAUCCCAACUACUUCCGGGUAGUCCUCACGGUUCCCGAGGAGAUGAUGGUUGAGGCCUGCCGACGCAUCUGUGAAUUCUGCUCAGAGCAUUAUCAAGACGGAGAAGUCACACAGGAACUGGAAUGUGACAAAUGAGCAACAAGCCAGGAUUUUGAAGGCAUGAAAUCCCUUAAUAACUCCACUACUGCGUUCCAGGCACCGAAAUGGUCACCUUACUUCCAGCUAUACUCCAUGUCCAGCCAUAUAUCAUGUUUUAUUUACGGUUUUUGUACUUUUCACAUUUUGGUUGGCGAUGGGGUGGGGGGGGGGGAGAAGCAAUAAAAAGAAAAGCGAUGUGCCACCCUUGCCAUUACAAUCUCCUGCAAUCAUAAAUAAUACUGUAUUUCCAUAUAUGAUAUAAUAUUAUAUACUAUGCGACUGUAGUAUUUUUUAUAUGACAUACUCUAAAUGCAUGCAGUCUACUAUAUAUCUAUAUCUAUUGUAAAUUAAAAAAGUAAGUUAUUUUUGUGUUUUUUGUAUGAAUAAAGAUGUUAAACUUGCAA